AUGAUUGGUGUUCUUGAUCCCUCACGGGAAGCUACUUGCACCAUGGGGAAGAGGAAGUCAAGAGCAAAGCCUGCUCCUAGGAAGCGAAUGGACAAACUGGACACCGUUUUUAGCUGCCCUUUCUGCAACCAUGGCACCAGUGUUGAAUGUCGCAUUGAUAUGAAGAACUUGAUUGGUGAGGCAUCUUGCAGGAUUUGCCAGGAAAACUUCAGCACUACUGUCACAGCUUUGACAGAGCCAAUAGACAUAUAUAGCGAGUGGAUUGAUGAAUGUGAACGUGUUAACACUGUUGAUGAAGAUGGGGUCCCUGUUGAAGAUGAUGAAGCUUAGAAAAUGGUUGGAGAAAUCUGGUUUCGUUUAGGUUUAUGUAUGAUGUAUGGUUUGGUAUUUUCUGAAUUUGAGACCUAAUUAGUAAUUACUGGAUGUAAGGUGAACGUAGAUUGGGAACAUGUUAAUGAGGCCUAAUCUUAUAAAUAUAUAUAUGCAAAAUAAACAACUGUGUAAAUACUCAGUAUGCUUUAGAGUAUUGUCAUUAAUCUGAGUUUAAGACCAUCUUAAUCACUGCAGAGAACCAAC